AUGGCCGAGCCCUCUGGUCACCGCUCUCGCGGUUCCGAUGACAUGGGAGUCUACGACGAUGCCAAAAGCUACUACACAGAAGAGCGUCAUCAGAACCGUGCUGGUCCCCGUACCCGAACUUACUCCCAGAACAGCUUGAUGCACCGUUUUGAACGAACCAGCCUUCGAGAGCCUUUUCGACGUGGUAGUCAUGAUGAAAACUCCCAACACAACCGCCGCUUUCUGAUCCAAGUCGACUCGACGUUGGAAAGCCUUUCGCUUCAAGAAGACCCCAAUGGCAACAUGCAGAUUACAAUCGAGGACAAUGGGCCCAAGGUUAUUUCUCUGCGUACCGCCGCUUCAGCUGGUCACAACCGCUUCGAUGUCCGUGGAACUUAUAUGCUGUCCAACCUCCUGCAGGAGUUGACCCUGGCCAAAGAAUACGGACGAAAACAGAUCGUUCUGGAUGAGGGCCGCCUCAACGAGAACCCAGUCGACCGUCUGUCCCGCAUGAUCCGUGAUCAUUUCUGGGAGAACUUGACAAGACGCAUUGAUGCUUCGACCGUCGACAUUGCCGCUCGAGACCCCAAAGAUUGGACAGCCGACCCUCGCCCGCGCAUCUACAUCCCAUACCGGUGCCCGAGACAAUAUGAGUUCUACAAGAGGGUCGCCGAAGAAAGACCCGAGAUGCGCUUGGACGUCCAGAUGCUGCCUGAAAAGAUUACCCCUGAUAUUGUUCGUGACAUGAACGAUGCCCCUGGUCUUUUGGCCGUGGAUGUGCAAGAAGUCCCAGAGCCAGAGCAUCCUUCUGGGUGGACCCUCAAGGGCAUGCCCUUUGUUGUCCCAGGUGGCCGUUUCAACGAGCUUUACGGCUGGGAUAGCUACAUGGCAUCUUUGGGCCUCCUGAUCAACGAUCGGGUUGAUCUGGCUAAAUCAAUGGUCAUCAACUUCUGUUUCUGUAUCGAACAUUACGGCAAGAUUCUGAACGCCACUCGGUCGUACUACCUUUGUCGGUCACAGCCUCCCUUCUUGACAGACAUGGCCCUCCGUGUCUAUGAAAAGAUCAAGCACGAGCCAGAUGCCAAGGAAUUCCUUCGACGAUCUAUUCUGGCCGCCAUCAAGGAGUACCACAGUGUGUGGGUGUCGGAGCCUCGACUGGACCCCCAAACAGGUCUCUCGAGGUACCGACCAGAAGGCCGUGGUGUGCCUCCUGAGACGGAGGCUACCCACUUUGUGCACAUCCUUGACCCUUACGUCAAGAAGCAUAACAUGAAGUUUGAAGAUUUUGUGCGAGCGUACAACCACGGUGAUAUCGAGGAGCCUGAGCUUGACGAAUACUUCAUGCAUGAUCGUGCCGUGCGAGAGUCAGGCCAUGAUACCUCGUACCGCCUUGAAGGCGUUUGUGCCAACCUGGCUACCAUCGAUCUCAACUCUCUCCUAUUCAAAUAUGAGACUGAUAUUGCCCGAACUAUCCGUAGCGUUUUCAACGACAAGUUGACUAUGCCCGAAGAAUUCUGCGCCGGCACACCUUACCAGCCAGGAGAGGUUCUUUCGUCGGCUGCUUGGGACCGACGAGCGAAGCGACGUAAGCUGACAGUUGACAAGCUGAUGUGGGAUGAGAAGGAGGGAAUGUUCUUCGAUUAUGACACCGUGAAGCGUGAGCGUUGCACAUACGAGAGCUGUACAACGCUGUGGGCUCUCUGGGCGGGUAUCGCCACGCCCAAGCAGGCGGCCGAGAUGGUCCGCAAAGCUCUCCCCAAGUUCGAGGCAUACGGUGGCCUGGUUUCAGGAACAGAAGAAUCUCGUGGAGCGGUCGGCUUGGAACGGCCUAACAGACAAUGGGAUUUCCCGUAUGGCUGGCCUCCACAACAGAUGCUGGCGUGGACUGGCUUGAUCCGCUACAGCUUCAAUGAAGAGGCAGAGCGAAUUGCCUACAAGUGGCUCUUCAUGGUCACCAAGGCCUUUGUUGACUACCACGGUGUCGUAGUCGAGAAGUACGAUGUGACACGGCCAGACGAUCCUCACCGAGUGGAUGCAGAGUACGGUAACCAAGGUCUUGGUUUCCGAGGUGUUAACAAGGAAGGAUUCGCAUGGGUUAAUGCCAGUUACAUCUACGGACUGCAAAUUAUCAAUGCGCAUAUGCGCAGAGCACUCGGAGCCCUCACGCCGUACCAGACAUUGAUGAAGGCUAUUGAGCAGAAUGAAGAGAAGACGCUGGCUGGUCUGCUUGCUUCAUAG